AUGAGCAAGACAUAUGGAGAAAUCAAAAAAGAAAUUACAACUUACUUUGAUGAUGACAGAGACAAAGAAAUGUUGGUUCAGUGGCGAGGCACAUUUGAAAGCAAAAUCAAGGAGUUUCAUGAUGAACAGGUGAGAGGAGUGAAAAGAAAACUGGAUGAAGUUAUCCAGCAGAAGAAGGCUUGUAAAAAGCUUGAUGAUCAGAAGACAGAGUUUGAGAACAAGCUGCUACAGAAGAGCAAAGAACUCGCUCAUCAGUUAAAAGACAAGACACAAGAUGAAGAGGAACUUAAACAGCAGUUUGACUCUGUUUGGAGAGACUGGGUGAGAGAACUAACUGCAGAUACAAAACCUAUUGAAGACAUCAACUUGGAGGAAGAUCAGUCAACUAUCCUUCAAGAGCUUGGUAUUGAAUGGGCUCUUAUUGAUGAAUCCAAAAUCAGUGGCAGAUACAAAAACAUAUCAGGGGUUGGUGAUUACUUUGAUUAUGUGGCACUCACCAAGUAUCAGGAGCUUUGUGACGAAAGCCAACAAUCAGAAGAUGAGAAGAGGGUAAACAAGAACACAAAAGUGCAAGGAGGAUAUUCAUGGAGAACUCAAUGGCUGUCUUUUAAAACAUUGUUUAGAUUUGCGUCAACACAACAAAAAGAAUUACAUACAUCAAGCAAUUCUUUACCAUAUGAAGACCAAAAAUGCUUCAGAUCCCUCAUUGACGAAGUUGAAGAACAGACUUUUGAUAUAAUCAAGAACAAACCUGUAGCUACAAGAGGCUACAGAUCAACUUACUUGCAAGAAGUUGCCAAAAAUGUCAAAGAGAAAGUGACAGAAUUUGAAUCAGAGAGGAAAUUUGCUCUGAAGAGGGAGUUUACAGUUGAACUCUUACUGUAUGUGUUUGACAUAGCAGGGACUUCGCUUUCAGAGUCCCAUGAGAAAUUCAAGAAGAAGAAUGAUGCACGUACUCAUUUAGAAAGCAAGAGGGAUCAAUAUUACAACAUUUUCAGAAGCUUCUGUAAAGGAAACUCUUCUGCUGUUGUACUCGGAGAACUGAUCUGUGGAAAACUGAAGGUUUCCACUAUUGAGGCUGUCUGUAAAAAGACUGUCAUUGAUCUAGCUGGAGAGAUGAAGUGCAGUUUCCCAGCAUUCAAUGGGAACAGACUGAACCUGGAGAAACAUGUGUUGAAGUCACUGGCAGAGAAAGAGGACUUCAAUGGUUUCAUGACCUACAUCCGACACCCAAGGAAACAUGUGGAGAGGUUUAUAAAAGAGGAAGUAGAGAAAUACAUCUUCACAUCACACAAAGAUAAAGCAUGGGAUAUACUCAAGAAAAAUGUUGAAGACAUGAAACAACAUGUGAGUCAGGCUUUAUUUACUGCAACAUCAAAAGUUAAGACCCAGAGAGGAGACACAGACAUGUGGCUGGAAGAAUUGUCCAGUUCGCUGAAAGAUGAGUUGACAUUUGAUGCCGUUUGU